AUGUGUCACUCCUGCGUCACAGAAGAUCCUUGUACCAACUCGACCGCCACACGGGGCUCUCUCGUCCGGUGCAUUCGAUGUCCUUCCAAGUGCAUUCCCGCCGGAUUCCAGCUACCGACCACGUCGAUCAUGAUCUGCCCCAAGCACUCACUCGACCAGUGCUCAAUCAACGACAAAGCGGAAGUCUCAUAUGCUGCAAAACCUGCCCGACGGCCUCCCACCUCGAGUGCCUCCAGUUUAACCCGCCGGAAGGUCACUAAAUCUGCGAAGAGUGCGAAUCCGGCAGAAUGCCAAUACUCGAACUGCAUCAACCGGGCGCUGCUCGUGGAUACCCAUCAAGCGCUGGGGUCUGGUUGCGCGUCGCGUGAUCGAGUACGAGAAGUGAUCAACAACGAGGAGUUGCCGCGGCGGAUAGAGCAAAAGGACGAAAAUUACUACUUCCUGACGGUGGACUCGGAGCUGACGAUCGACGCGGGGCCCAAGAGCAACUUGGCCCGGUUCAUCAACUACUCGUGCGAGUCCAACUGCGAGACGCUGCUGUGGAAGGUCGGCGGAAGCCAAUCCGUGGGGCUGUUUGCCCUCAAGGACCUCAAGGCACUCACCUUCAACUACAACUUUGAGACGUUCGGCGACCAGAAGAAGAUUUGCCACUGUGGUGCGAGCAAGUGUUGCGGGCUGAUCGUCAGCGAAGGAACGGAGAAUUGA